UUGCGACCAACUUAUUAGUGCUGAAAUACCAGAUCCUAUUGCGGAUCCUGAAACAUAUCAACUUGUUAAAAAACAUAUGAUACAUGGACCUUGCGGUGUGAUCAAUCCGCAGUGCCCUUGCAUGGUUUUGUCACACGGUUCAACAGACCCAAAAUGCAGGAGCAAAUAUCCACACACCUUUUCCCCUCUCACAGUGUUUGAUGAAGACUGCUUCCCUUCGUACCGCAGACGUGACACUGGAAUUACUGUCGAAGUGAGGAAACACAAACUUGACAACCGUUGGAUUGUCCCUUAUAACAGCCAUUUGUUACGCAAAUUUGAUUGCCACAUCAACGUAGAAGUGUGUGCAAGUGUUCGGUCAGUGAAAUAUAUCUACAAAUAUGUGUAUAAAGGGCAUGAUCGAGUUAGCAUGUCAUUGUCUGAGUCGGGAGAGGAGGGUUUAAUAGAUGAAAUUUCUGAUUUUCAGAAAGCCCGGUGGGUAUCUGCACCUGAAGCUGCAUGGCGUAUAUUCAGUUUUCCCAUCUCACAAAUGCGUCCCGCCGUACUUCAACUGCAAGUCCACUUGGAAAAUGCUCAUUAUCUAACCUUUUAUGGUAACCAACGCAUAACGUACAUCACAGGUGCUAUGGAUUCUAUGAAAACAAUGCUAACACAAUUUUUUGCCAUGAAUGCAUCUGAUCAUGUUGCAAAAUCCCUGCACCUUCUUUAUGUUGAAUUUCCGCAUUACUUUGUUUGGAAUAAUCAACGUAAACAAUGGACUCAACGCAAACGCAAAGAAGUUAUUGGCAGACUUGUGACUGUGAAUCCCAUGGAAGGGGAACGCUAUUAUCUGCGACUCUUGUUAUCCAAUGUGCGUGGUCCCACUUCAUUUGUGGACCUUAAAAGUGUAGGCAGCGAUGCAAUGGCCACAUAUAGGGCUGCAGCAGAACGCCUAGGUUUAUUGUCAGGUGAUUUUGUGAUACGUGCAUCACUUGAUGAGGCAGUUUUGUUCCAAUUACCAUCGAGUUUGCGGAGAUUAUUCGCCACACAUUUGUGUUAUUCAGAUGUGCCAAAUCCACGUGCACUUUGGGAGGAAUACAAGCCCCAUUUGUAUGAGGACCUGGCCAGAUUCCAACCUCCCGCACUUGCUGAAAAGGCAGCAUUCAUAUUGUUAAGUGCUCUCUUUACUGAUAUGGGUAAGGAUAUCGAGUCUUUUCAUUUGGCAGAUUUUGUAUCGCAUGAAUCUUUUGCUGGGGAUAAUACACGAGAAAUAUUAGCGGAAGUGAAUAUCCUUGUCAGUGAUACAGACCUCAAUGCCAUCUCAACAUUGAAUAUUGAGCAACGAGUCGCCUUUGACACCAUUAUGGCAGCGGUUCAUGCUCGCAAAGGAGGCGUUUUCUUUGUUGAUGGUCCUGGUGGAACAGGAAAAAGCUUCGUAUACAGAUGUUUGCUCGCUGCAACGCGGACAAACAAGUGGAUUGCACUUGCAACUGCAAGUUCAGGUAUUGCUGCAUCUAUUCUUCCCGGAGGACGCACUGCCCACUCACGCUUUAAACUGCCAUUUGACGGGGAAGCAAAGAAUAUUUGCAAUAUUGGCAAACAAAGUGCUGAGGCCCGCCUUCUUAGAGAAGCGCGUCUUAUCCUGUGGGAUGAGGCAUCCAUGGCAAAUCGCAUGCUUGUCGAAAGCUUAGACACAACAAUGCGAGACAUACUGAGUGUGGAUGAGCUUUUUGGGGGACGAGUAAUGGUGUUUGGCGGUGAUUUCAGACAAACAUUGCCAGUUGUGCGCUCGGGCACUAGACAUGACUUCAUAGAUGCUUGCCUACUCAGAUCAAUAACAAUAUGGCCACAUGUUCAAAGAUUACGGCUUGUUCAGAAUAUGCGUGCACAUGAAGACCCUGGAUUUUGCGCUUACCUGCUACGCAUUGGCAAUGGAACUGAACUGACAGUCUCUGCAGGCAGGAUUAAAAUCCCCCCCAAUUUUCUGCUUCCCUGGGAAAACGAAACUGUUUCACUAGACUUGCUAUUUUCCACCGUUUACCCAGACCUGUGUUUGUUUGAAAGUGACCCCUACGCACUUGUGUCUCGCGUCAUACUGACAACAAAAAAUGAGAUCGUGGAUUUUAUCAAUUCAUCUUUGCUUCAGAAAUUCCCUGGCGAAGAUCACACUUUCCUUAGCUAUGAUGUACCUCUCGACUUAAAGAACACACACUGUCAAGAUUAUUUACAUACUUUAUCCCCCGCUGGUCUGCCUCCGCAUAAAUUGAAUCUCAAACGUAAUUGCCCAAUAAUGUUACUUCGUAAUCUCAAUCCAUGUGAAGGCUUGUGCAAUGGAACCCGUUUAAUUUGUGAUUCCUUCGGAGACCACAUCCUGAGUUGUUAUAUAGCUGCAGGCGACCACAAGGGGAAACAUGUGUUCAUCCCUAAAAUCCCGCUAGAGGUUUCAAGAGAUGAGAAGUGCCAUAUACCAUUUAAACGCACUCAGUUCCCUGUAAAGCUUUGUUUCGCAAUGACAAUUAACAAAUCCCAAGGGCAAACGCUUGACUUUGUUGGCAUAUACUUAAAAGAACCUGUUUUUUCUCAUGGGCAGCUUUAUGUUGCAAUGUCAAGGGCUCGCAAUGCAGAUUCAAUUAAGAUCAUCAUUUGUCCUGAUGUUCCCAACCUGUCGCUUGCUCACACAACACCCAAUGUGGUGUUUGACGAAAUAUUACCUUUCAUUAACUAGUGAAUCAUAAGGAAAAAAAAUGGCAGGGGAACUACCAAUCGUGGCUAUCAUGCCAGAAACUCGACCGUGGACUUGCCGAGUUACAGUUGUUGAAAAGCAGAACGUGCGGACUGCGAAGUCUUCCCCCAUAAAAUUUAUGCCGAUGACGCUCAUGGAUUAUGCUGGGCACAAAGUGCAGGCGACUGCAUUUCAGGGGGACAUUGAAGUGAUAGACCAGCGCCUUGCGUUAUAUUCGACCUAUCUUGUGUCUAAUGCGUACGUAAAACCAGUCACCAACAUGCGCUUUUGUGUUGACAGUGACUACCCAUAUGUUUGGUCUUUUACCCGACGUACUUUGAUCCAAGAUGUUGUUGCCGGUGGAGGCCAGAACUUUCGCGAGCAGGCGGAAGCAGAUACCACCCCCUUUGCUGACAUAUAUGGCGCCUAUAUGCACGAUGAACGAAUCAAUGUGUUGGCUGCAAUUGUCAAAAAACUACCGCGCACCUUUGUGUUCUCUAAUGACACUCAAAAACCAGCAUGGGAUGUAGUCCUUCUUGAUUCACAGUGCAUUGCGAUACCGUUCACACUGUGGGAAGAUUUUAUCACCCGGCAUGGGGGUGCAAUUGACAAGUUUCUUCAAGCUGGGGAUUUCCCUCUGGUACUGAUCAACAGGGCUGCCGUGAACCUUUUCCAAGGUUUGACUCUUUCAACUCGUUUUGAUUGCCACGUUGAACUCAAUCCUGAUGGUGAACGUGCUUUGAGAUUAAAGAAAUGGGUUACUGAAAACAAACACCGGAUCAAUGAAAUACUUGCUGCAAAGACAUACGAUGACGCUCUUACAACGAUUGCCAAACCUCUUUCCCAGCCAUUAACUGCUCUUGCAAGUCUUGAAACUGCACUAACUGAGGAACCUGUUGUAUGGGUUAUUGGCCAGUUCCACUUGACCAACACUUUUGAUGAAGGCUUCUACAUUGGGUGCGAUUACUGUAACCGCAGAGUCCAUGGAGCAGAAGGAAUAGACUUCCAGUGUUUAUUCUGUGGCCAAAAACAUGGCACUACUGUUAAAAGGUUCAGACUCAGUGCCUCACUUAAGGAUGAAACCAGCACAAUCUCUGUCACCCUUUUCACAAGCGAUGUUGUGCAACUCUUGAAAAUGGCCAAGAUGGAUCCCGCGGAUGACAUAGACUUAGAAAAACUUGGUGAAAAACUGCCACACAUCACUGUUGUAUCCGGCUUGAAGCGCUCCAAAACAAACGAAGAGGGCCUUCUUAGCAACCCAUAUACCGUUAUAUGUGUGACUCUGGUUGAAGAAACUUACCCAGCCUCCCCACCUCAUGUUCCUAUUCAGCCAGAAACUGAAACUUCCAUAUCACCACCUUUGAAAAGACGUCUCAGUUUUGAAUCCCUUGAUACGAUACCUACUCCAGACACAUCUUCAUCAUCCAAAGCUGCUGAACAGUCAGACAUUGUUGCUGACCUGUCACCACCAAACCUGCGCUCAAAAAUACAGAAAAAUAGUACCACCUGAUGCGUGGUGUGUUCACGUUUUUUUUCUAUCACAGGGGUCGUCAAUGCAAUCAUCUAAUGAAGCUAUAUUCAUGUAGUGGUGCAUCGCUUGCAUUCUUCCAAAACACCCCUUUUUUACCUGACACAGUCACGUACAAUUAACAGGGGGUAGUUGUACUUGUGAAACCUCGCUUACUGUUUAAUUGUGCUGCUAUCUGCAUCCCUCACUUCCUUCUGCGUUCAAUAUUUUUGCCUUAGUUUUAUUAUGCAGAAGACCUUGUAAAUGUCAACUAAACUUUGAUGCCUCUGUUGUUGGGAAUGUAUAUAAGCCUAUGUUUAUAUUUCAAAUUCAUGUAUUUGGAUAGUCUGUAUUUUUCAAUGAUGUUUCAUGCAGCGACGUACCAAACAUCCCAACUUUCAGCAAGAUCAUUCUACACACACAUCAAACAUCAUUCGAUGCCACAUCAAUACCUGCUAUUUUCAGGGUCACGCAUUCCAUACAAGGUUGAUUACACCCACCAAAUGCCCUCUUAAGAUUCACUCGGGAACAGAACUACAUAACUGCUUGUAUAUCUAAAUAUAUCGACUUCACGCUCCAAAUUAGAGGUUUCUCUCUCAACUUGGGUACACCACCUCCUCUUGAGUAUGACCUUGUACUGCCCGGAGACCAUUUCCCAGUGUAUGUAGAAUCUGCUAUGCCAAACUGCUCAUACAGACAGCUAUUUCGGGCUGCUUCGUUUCUAUACAUGCCCGGGAAAAUUGCAGAGGCGACAUGUGUUGUAUUUUUGAACCAGUGCUGCGAUAAACGCGGAAGGAUACUCAUUGAACAUGGGACUGAACCAGAGCAUUUCUUGGGCGUGGAAAUGGAUCUUUUGCAAGAAAUUCGCAUGGCUUUUCACAUCAACCAAACUUCCAGUCUGGCUUUCUUUAAGAAUGAUCGGGGCAGACUUUGCCUCCUUGCCAUUUCAACAUGCGGAAUAGAAGAGCCACCCCGUGAGAAACACGAGUACGAGAUUCGCAGCUUGGCGUACACCAACGUUGCUGACCAUGCUUGAUCCACUGCAACCUUUUUUUCCCUCAUGUCAUUUUGCUUGUUCCUUAUCUUUUCCUCAUUUAUUGCUGCUUGUUCCCUAUGUUUUAAAACUGCA